CCCAGAUCCGACAGACAGAUCAUCCAACGAUAUUCGCCAAGAUGAACAUCAUUCAAGGUUGCGUUCUGGUUUUCCUGGGCCUGGUGCUCACCGCCGUCGAUGCCCAAACCCCAGUCCGAAACGAAACUAGCAAGGACAGGGCCUGCGGACCUGGCCGUUACUACAACGAAUUCCGCCGCACUUGUCUGCCUUGGUAGGGAAUUGUCCUAAAAAGUUCGCCAAAUUCCAAUUUAAUUGCUACAAUGUGCUAGUAAAUAAACUGCAAAAAAAAAUUUACAAAAUCUUA